UCUUGGCAGAUUAGAGGCGUUUGGAGAAAGAGGAACCUAGCUGUGGAUCCCGAGUUUGAGAGUGUGACUGAUUUGAUGCGGAGCGUACCUUUGAGGAUCUCUCAGGGGAAAGUGUGCUACAGAUUCUCGCGGUCAUCACGCCCUUCGCCUGAGGCCACAGCCCACCUGGAGUGGGCCUGAUUAGUUCCCGACCCUAGCGACCAAGCCCGGGACGCGCGGAAUCGGGGUUGGGGGCUGGGAGGUCUGGCGGACCGACCUGGGGGCAAACUCUGUAGUGUAGAGGAGGGUGUCUAGUGGUCAAAGGUCAGAGGUCAAUGUCGCGAGUUGUGGGGGAUCGAAAGUCGGAGGGGUACUAAGGAGAAACUCAGGUAGGGACUGAACAGUCAGGUUACAGGUUUGUGGGAAAAGGCCUUGGAAGGCGGGGAAGCCAGGAGUCAGAGGUCGCCUAGUGGGGGGAAGGCGGAGAGACUUAGGAGAGAACACAGAAAGGGAAAGGAAUCCUCCAGAUUUUCAUUCCCAGACCCCGGGCCUGUCACUAUCGGUCACUUGGCCGGGCCUCCCGCAGUUGCAACUCCAGUUGUCCGCAGGGUGAGGAGAUGGCCUCUCCCUCUAGACAGGCCCCCCUCGGGGGGUCAGGACUGCUUCAAGGGAGCCGGGCUCGUUCUUAUGGAAGCCUUGUGCAGUCUGCCUGCUCCCCGGUGAGGGAAAGACGCCUGGAGCAUCAGUUGGCGCCCGGAGACACCCUGGCUGGACUAGCACUCAAAUACGGGGUGACGAUGGAACAGAUUAAACGUGCAAACCGACUUUAUACUAAUGACUCCAUCUUCCUGAAGAAAACCCUCUACAUCCCCAUUCUGACAGAGCCCAGAGACUUGUUCAAUGGUUUGGAAUCUGAGGAAGAGAAGGAUGGAGAGGAAGAGGUACAGCCAAGUAAGGAUGAAGUAUGGUCACACUCAGCUGAGAGGAAGAAACAAGAAACAGGUCCGGGACGAGCCAAUGGUGAAGUCCUUCCCACUCCUGGCCAGGAGCCCCCGACUCCCAUCCAUGACCUCUCUGCCUCUGACUUCCUUAAGAAGCUUGAUUCACAGAUCAGCUUGUCAAAGAAGGCUGCUGCCCAGAAGCUGAAAAGGGGGGAAAGUGGGGUACCUGGGGAGGAUUCAGGUCUUCACCUGAGCUCUCCUCGGAUGCAGCAACGAGCAGUCCUAGGUCCUGUGCCACUGACCCGGACCUCUCGGACCCGGACCCUUCGAGACCAGGAGGAUGAAAUCUUCAAACUCUGACGUCCCCAGAACUGACUGAGAGAAGCAAGAUGUUGAAGAGGGAGAGAGGAGCCUGAGGUGAGGCUCAAGAACACAGCUUCCCAGCCCACCUCCCUUCCUCCUGCCAUCUUCCCAGCCUCCUUGUCCAUUAGGAGUUCCUUAGCCUGGAGCAGUUCUACUGGCAAGGGUAGGGGGUGGGAAAGAGACCCCUUCUCAUUUCUUGGGCUGAAUCUAGAGUUGUCCUUUAAAUUCAAAAGGCUCUUAACAUCCUUGCUGCCUUUCCCAUCCCUCUCACCAUUCCUUGGCCUUAGAGCAGGGAGGCAGGGACUCCUCCAGCCCCCAACUUCCUCCCCCCUCCAAUGAUAUUACCUAAUUUAUUUGGUGCUAUACUGAAGUAAUAUUUAUUUGCUGUAUCUUACUCUUUCCCACUCUUAGCCAAAAAAUAAGAUUUCUAUAGCCCUGGGGUGAGGAGAACCCAGGAACAGGGAGUUAGCUGAUGACUGUUGGCUCCCCUGCCCAGCCUUCUUAGCCAACGGUAUUAUUGAGAAAGGGCAGUCAGUGAUCCAGCCCCACUGCAGGGAAUGGCACACUGUGCCGGCCUUUCCCCCAAUUGCAAAGGAAAGAAUUUUGGCUCGGUCUUGACUAACCAGGUUCAUGUAACUUUUUCACGACUCUUGCUCAGAGAACAAGCCAGUGAUGUAGGGUCUGGGACUCUCCAUGCCACCAGUUCACCCUUCUAAUCUGCUCCUCUGUUCAACCUGUGUGAGGCUAAGGGCUGGAAGAAGAAUUGCCCUGGAGUUUGAAGAGGAGGACAGCUGUGGGAGUCUUUUUGUUGUGGGAGUCUCUUUGUUAUGCCCCCUCCUUACCAGAGCCUGUUGAUCUAUGCCUUGCUCCUCACUGCAUAUUUAUUUGAAAUUUGUAGCACUGAUCUGCAGUACAGUUUUUUUGAGUUUCUUGAACAGAAGAAGUAGGCAAGGGAACCCCAGUGGUACUGGAAAUAUGCCUCAGUCUCCUGUAUGGAAAUGGUGAGAGGUGAGAUGAGUGAUGUUUAUAUACCUCUUUCCUCUGUGAUGAUCAAAAGAUAUAAGAAGCUGGAGAGAUUAAACAUUGAGCCCUGUGCA